UUUUACCAGCCACUAGCCAACCCAGGGGUUUGCUUUUUGCCCACUAGAAUAUACAUACAGUUACACUUCGAGAUUGGAGACUCAUCUUUACCCUGACGGACGGAAAGCAGCCGGACCACAUUCUCCGGCCACCCACCGCCGUCGACAGUUGUUCUUGUUGCCUAUCUAGCAUGGAUGGCGUCCGAUCCAACCAUCGCAUGCCUGACGAAAAAGGGGAACACCACAAAAACCGUUACAGCAAGGAAUCCAUAUCAUCCAGUGAGCUCUGGACAGAUGGACUCUUAUGUGCUUUUGAAUAUGUCAAAGGUCGUCAAAGAAGAUCAUUCAGGUCACCUUCGAAGUCAAACACAAAACCCUACUCAACACAUCAAGCAAAUAGUCAGAAGACUUAUAACAUAAAGAAACAAGUCGAUGGUUAUUCAUCAGAUCCCACUAAUCUUACAGAAAACAUGAGUGAUAAUGUGAUAGGAAAACUGGAUGUGAGUCAUUGGAUCCCAAUCGGCUGGGCCAGAAUAUCCGAGCUUAUUGAAUCAGUGAAAAUUCCUGCUGACUGGACCUCGCAGCAGUUUGAUUUUAUGGACGAUGAAGAUGAUGUUACAAUUGCGGAGCUAGCCGCCCCCUACUGGGAGCGGCCAGCUGGACCUGUAUGGUGGUGCCAUGUGGCUGCGGACCAUUCACACGUUAGUUCAUGGCUUAAUAACGCGUCAUGGUUACAUCCUGCAAUUAGCAUUGCUUUGAGAGAUGAAAGCCGGCUCAUAAGCGAGAGAAUGAAACACCUUUUAUAUGAGGUUCCGGUUAGAGUUGCUGGAGGUCUGUUGUUUGAACUUCUUGGUCAAUCAAUCGGUGACCCGUAUAUAAAAGAGGAUGACGUGCCUGUUGUCCUUCGUUCAUGGCAAGCACAAAAUUUCUUAAUAACCGCAUUGCACCAGAAAGGGGAUACACCAGGCUUAAAUGUAUUGGGUGUUAUUGAAGUUCAGGAACUUCUUUUUGCUGGCGGUAAUAACGUUCCCCGCACAAUACAUGAAGUUAUAGCCCUCUUGGCCAGCCGGCUUGCACGGUGGGAUGACAGAUUAUUUCGGAAGUCUGUAUUUGGUGAAGCUGAUGAAGUAGAACUGAAGUUCAUUAACAGGAGAACCAAUGAAGAUUUGAACCUUUUCAUUGUAAUACUCAACCAAGAAAUCAAAAGAUUAUCACAACAGGUUAUUCGAGUCAAAUGGUCUUUGCAUGCAAGGGAAGAAAUAGUAUUUGAAUUUCUCCAACACUUGAAAGGAAAUGCAACUAAAACGUUGCUUGAAGGUAUACGAAAAAGUACAAGAGAAAUGCUCGAGGAACAAGAAGCAGUGCGUGGUCGCUUGUUUACUAUUCAGGAUGUCAUGCAAGGCACUAAACGGGCAUGGUUGCAGGACAAAAGUACGAGAGUAACACACAAUCUGGCCGUGUUUGGUGGGUGUGGUCUUAUUCUGUCCAUCAUCACCGGAUUAUUUGGGAUUAAUGUUGACGGUAUCCCAGGAGCCACAAAUACACCAUACGCGUUUGGUCUUUUUGCAGGCAUUCUGUUCUUGAUAGGAAUAAUCUCAAUUGCAGUUGGUUUGUUAUACUUUGGACUUAAAAAACCAAUCACUGAAGAACAGGUUGAGGUGCGGAAACUUGAGUUGCAAGAAUUAGUCAACAUGUUCCAGCAUGAAGCCGAGACUCAUGCUCAGGUUCGGAAACAUGUUUCUGGAAACAACAUCAUACUAAAUGGUGCAAACUAUGUUGUUAUUGAUUAGAAGAGGUUCAUUUGGAAGCCUAAAACUUAAUUGCAUAGUUAUUAGAUAGUUACAAAUUUUUAUAUAAAUAUAUUAAAAACACUAGUGAAAAUGUAUAGCCUGAUUGAUACUUGGUAUACACGGUAUGUGUGUUCAUUGUACUACUGCACUGUUAUAAUGGCACGUUACAAACAUUAACGUCCUCUUAAUUUAUUUACA